UUACGUGAAGCCGUGUUACUUACGCUUAUUCGUGGAAGUGAACGUAUUGAUAGAACAGCGAUUAUAACUGCUCUUGGACAAAUUACUACCAUCACGGAUAUUGAUUCAUUAGGAAAUCUCGGCGAUUUGUCAGAAUGGUAUGUUAUUUUUAAAACGAAAACUGCUCGUCUAGAUGUUCUCAAGGUUCCUGAAUUGAAGAUUGGUGAUCAAAUCUUUUUCAUUAGCGAACCUUAUAAACAUGUUAAAAUCGUUCGUCUAUUAAAUCUACCUACAUCAGUACCUGAUGAAGAUAUUCGAACCAUUGCGUCCAAUUGGGGUGGUAUCGUUCUAAGCGUUGAUGCUGAAAGGUUACCUCGUCCUUUUGAAGCAAUCAAAUCGUUCGUACGUCGUGUUCGUAUACGUUUUUCAUCUCGCCAAGAUGAGGAUAAAGUUCCAAUCUCAUGUCGAUUCGGUGGAUUUAAUGUCUCGGUACAAUUAGAAGGUCGUCAAAAGGUAUGUUACCGGUGCAAAUUAGCCGGUCAUAUCAAAGCUGAAUGUACGGCAUUGAAGUGUCAAAAAUGUUACGAAAUAGGUCAUGAUGAACCAAGCUGUCAGCAGAAACGAUCCUACGCUACAGCUGUUGUUUCUACACCUUUGGAUGUAGGUCAUGCAGCACCACCAGUUAAUCAACUUAAUGUUGCACGUGAGGUAACAUCAGGUUUUCCAAUGGUUAAUUCGUCAUUAGUAUUGCCAAAACGAUUACCGUAUUGCCGCAAGUGCAAACAACAAGGACACAAAAAAAAGGAUUGUCCACGACACACAAUCCUUUCAAACAAGGUGAUGAAUAAAGAUGAUAAUGGGCAGACAAACGAAAGUGGAGAUAUGAAUCAGGACACUCCAACAGUUACUACAACUGGAUCGAGUGAUAUUGAUUCAGCUUUUCCUGUGGUAACUCGAGAAGAAUUACUUUUUGAAAGUCCACAUUUAAUGGCAGGUGAUGAAGAACGUGAUGUGAUUGCACCGGUACUCAUGCGUGAUGUAGCACUAAACGAAUUCAAUCAAGCCGCUGAUGUAAACUCUUUUCAAUCGAUGUCAGGUAGAAAUGAGAAACAUAUCUCCGAUGUUUCUGCCCUUCAACACCAAGUAUUAAUUGAUGCUUUUAAAAAUGCAGAUAAUGAACUUAAACGUACAAAUGCUGAUCGAAGCAUCGACUCGGACGUUGAUAUGGAACGUAAGAAAUCACAUAUAUGUAAUUCAUCAACCUCAACCUCAGGUGAAACUGAAGGUGGCGAAGCGGUUGAGAAUUAA